CUCUCCCACCGCCAAACCUGUUUUCUCCCUUAACCAAAACCACAACCUCUCAUCGCGAGCCUUUGGUGACCACGUAUAACUUCACAAAAUGGGAUUGAGUAUUAGCAAGCUGUUCCAAAGCCUUUUCGGCAAGAAGGAGAUGCGUAUCCUUAUGGUUGGUCUGGAUGCCGCCGGUAAAACCACUAUUCUUUACAAGUUGAAGCUCGGUGAGAUCGUCACGACUAUUCCCACUAUUGGUUUCAAUGUCGAGACCGUCGAAUACCGCAACAUUUCCUUCACAGUCUGGGAUGUCGGUGGACAAGACAAGAUCCGUCCUCUGUGGAGACAUUACUACCAAAACACCCAAGGUAUCAUCUUCGUUGUUGACUCUAACGAUCGUGAACGUAUUUCCGAGGCCCGUGAGGAACUUCAACGUAUGUUGAACGAGGAUGAACUCCGUGAUGCCCUUCUGUUGAUCUUUGCCAACAAGCAAGAUCUUCCCAACGCCAUGAACGCCGCCGAGAUCACUGACAAGCUCGGACUCCACUCCCUUCGUCACCGUCAAUGGUAUAUCCAAGCCACUUGUGCUACUAGCGGUGAUGGUCUUUACGAAGGUUUGGAAUGGCUGUCUACGAAUCUCAAGAACAACUAAGCAUUUGGCUUUUGCUGCUCAGCAGUUUAAACAAUUCGGUAUCCCUAACAUUCCGCUCUUUCAGAUGCUCGUCGCGAGAAGCAACGUGUAGCGCUGUAUCGUGCCACCACACCUUCCUCCAGUGCUGCUGUUUUUUCCUUUGGCUGGCAGGCAUGCAGUGCACUCCCUCGUCAAUUCAGUAUAGUGACUUUAUGUGUAAUAAGCUACAUGGCGAUCGCUAGAAAUCAUCAGCGGGGGAUCUGCGUCUUGGAACGGCUGAGGCGCGAUAGGUCGCCUGGGACACAUGCUCAGGGACGUCAGACACGUGCAUAACCUCUGCGGGGUAUCUUUAUUCAUUAGUGCAACACAACUAUGUCUCCUUAGAAUACUACGCAAUACGCUAUAUAUGUUUUAAUAAGAAAUAACGAUGGGUUAUCGUAAAUAGUGGGAUGCACUUCAGCCCGUUGUAGCUACGUUACCG